AUGUGUCGUUUAUGCAAAAAAGAUAAAGAAAGCUUUAGUCUCGAUCAAGAACCUGAUCAAUUAAGUGAGGAUGAAAAAGCUAAUUUAUUCAUAUAUCUCACUGGCAAUGAUACUAUAUUAGUUGAGGUGAAAAACUUAUGUAAUCUCUGGCAAACAAAUAGUGCUAAACUUAAAUACUUAAAAGGUCUAUCAAAGAAGUUCGCUCUGGUUAUUGUAGAGCAACCCGAUACUGUUAAGCGGACUUAUGACCAAGCAGAUUUAGCUGAUAAUAGUGCUAAAAUCUGCGGAGAGCUUAUUCAAAGAUUUGAAACAAUCCCAACCAAGGCAGAAGAACUUCAAUCUCUUAUUAAUCGACAGCUUCUACAAAAAUGGCCUGUGACUUCUGAUGAGGAGCAAAUUUAUCCUGAAAUGAAAGAUUAUGUCUGUAUGACAGAGAAUGAACAUGCUAUGAUUAGAGUUCCACUCGAAACUUUUAAUAAAUAUAUUUGUGGAGCUUUGCCCAUCGAAAUUGAUCAAGAUAAAGCUGAUUCAGAAACUACUAUGAUAGGUUCAAAACAGCCUGAUUUUCUAUGCUGGAUAAAAAAACUACUUCUAUUUAAGGGUGAGGAGAAGGCAAGUUCCAGUGAAUUUAACACAGCUGUAGAAGAAUUAAAAGAGAAAUUUAAUGUACUUGAUCCCAUAUGCUUUACUAAGAAAAAACCAAGUAUAUUAUCCCCACUUACCAGCGAACUUAAUGCUAGCAACCUUGUGGAUAGAAUUACUAUUCUCUGCACAGUUGUAAACAUUGCUCGUAUCAUCUUAAUUAUAAGUGACAACAUCCCUAAUACUCUUAUACCUCUUGGAAAAUGA